UAAUAAUUCAUCAUGAUAAGAUCUAUUCACAGUUACGCAAUCUUAUUUUGUAAAUUGUAACUUGUAUGGUACUGACUGCACAGAAUCCGCCGACCACCUUUAUACUCUGGACGUAAUGGCUGCAGAAUUUGAUUGGUUCAAUCAUAUGGAAGAGGUUAUGAAAAAUCGUGGAGAGACUACUACCCAGAAAGAGCUAAAAGACGUUUAUUCAUCUUGGAGUACAACAUAUGAAAAGAGCAUAGUAGGUGACCAUGAGUACAAAGGUCCUACUGUCGCAGCCGAACUGUUGACACAAAAAUUGAAAGAAUUUGGAUUUAGCAAUGACGCUCGCAUUAUGGAUCUUGGCUGUGGUACCGGCCUAGUUGGGGAACAGCUGCAGAAGCGUGGCUACAAAAAUAUCGAUGGCAUAGAUUUAACUCCAGCAUUGCUGGAAAUUGCCAAAGCCAAAGGAAUAUAUGGCUCUUUGAGGCAGGGAACCAUGGGCUCACCACAGUGCAAGGAAUUGGGUGUUGAAGCCAAUCAGUAUGACGCCGCCAUCUGUGUUGGAGUGUUGACACUUGCGCACGUGAAAAAUGAAGGCUUGGAUGAUAUUGUACACGUGGUAAAACCAGGAGGAUUGGCGUGCUUUGGCAUCCGGGAGUUUGCUUUCACUGAUCCGCAAGGUGGUUACCAGCAAAAAAUUGAGCAACUUUGCAAAGAGGGGAAAUGGAAAUUGCUUGUGAAGCAUCACGAGUCGGCCUACCUCAAGGACGGCGGUGCUAUAUUAUUUGUAUACCAAAUUUUAUAAGAUAAUGAAAUGUCUAACUUCUCUAUUUUCAAGGCAUUCUAUAUUUUUAGCACGGUUCAUUAUAAUUACGUAAACUACUUAGUGCUACUAUCACAUAGGAUAAUAUCUCAUAGGAUAAUCAUUGUGUAACCCAGUGUGUGAUUGGUUGUGUUAUUUCUGUACGGUUUAUUUAAAUAAAAGCUGAUUCAAAACGUG